AUUUGCACCCAAAAAAAAAAAAAACCACUCUCCCUCCCUCCUAUCCCUUUCCUUCAAUUCAAUGGGGUGGCCGUCGUGGCAAUAUUUCUACCUCAUGCUUCCCCUCCUUGUGGCGAUCGCGGCGGUGGUCUACGUUGUUCGCGAGAGGCUCAUCAUCGCCGCCGUCGACGGACGACGUCUAACAGUGGUGGUGGAUGAUGACAAAGUUGUUAUAGUUCCUGGGACGGUAGUGAAGUACUGUAGGCGCCAAGACGAUGACGAUGGGAAAUCACAAGAAAGCUGCGGCGGCGGCGGCGGUUGUGCGAUAUGCCUGGAGGAGUGGGAGGAAGGAGAUGAGUGCAGAGUGCUGCCGGAGUGCAACCACAGGUACCAUAAAGCUUGCAUUGAUGUCUGGCUGCUCACCGCCGCCGGUGACAAUCACGGCUGCCCCAUCUGCCGCUCUUGUGUUUUUUCCCACUAAUAAUUUUAUGAUGAUGUUUAUUUAGAAAUUAAAGUGGCUGGCUGGC